ACAGGAGUUUAUAUAGAGCUGAUUGAAUACUUUACGUCUCUGGUAUAUUACACAUUUCAUACCAAUUUAGUUUAACUCUAUUGUCUCCCAUCCACAUUUCAAUCCCCGUGAAAUCUGCAUAUUUGUUAGUUAAAAUGUCAGUAAACUUCCAAGAUGAGGCCGAAGUGAAACAAUAUUUAGAUAACAUCGGAAUCGAAUAUCGAUUUGGUUGCUAUUCGGAGAAAAAACCAGAUGUAUGUCACUUGCUCGCUGAUUAUUUGGAGUCUAUUCAUAAAGAUUAUGAAAAAGCACGGAAAGUAUACCGAAGUACAUGUGAUGAUUAUGGAUAUGCAAAGUCUUGUUUGAAAUAUGGUAAUUACACGUUUAUCGGACGCGGCAAGAGUGGUUCGAAGCCAAAUCCAGCAGAGGCCUUGGAGUAUUAUGAAAAAGGAUGCAAACUGGGCGAUUCAGAAAACUGUUUAAAUGCUGGGCUUCUUCUUGUAUCACCGAAAAUGAACAAUAGAAGAGAUUUUAUGAGGGGUAUGGAAUACUUGACAAAGAGUUGCGAUUUGAAUAAUGGUAACGCAUGUUUCUAUCUCAGUGGACUACAUAUCAGUGGGGCUGAGGGACCGAUUGCAUCGAAAGAAACCCAACCACUGAUAUCAUCCACGGAAUCAAGCAGUCCAAAAUCAUCCGUUGUUAAAAAAAAUGACUUCAUUGUAGAAAAAAAUAUGGAAAAAGCGUUUACAUUUAGCUACAAAGCGUGCGAAUUAAAUAAUAUGUAUGCGUGUGCAAAUUUAUCACAAAUGUACGCUCGAGGCGAAGGUACUGAAAAGAAUGCAGAAAAGGCUGAGAUAUACAAAAAGAAAGCAAUUCAAUUGCAAGAAGAUGUUAAGAACAGCAAGCAAUUAUUAUUCCAACAAACUUCAUAAGCAGAGAAAAUUGAUGCCAUAUGCCAACAUCAUUUUCAUUUCCAGUCAUUUCGAUAGGAUUGUAUAAUAUUUUUGUUUAAACAAAUGCUUAUUUUGCCCAAUUUCAUUUAACAAAUAAAGGCUUGAUAGAAACAAAAAAAUGAAUAAAUAGCAUAAUAUCAGUACACCACCAUUCCUUAGUAGGUGGUAAGCGUGUUUAUUUCAAUUUUACUGGAAUCAAAAGUAAUUGAUUUUAUGGAAUUAGGUCGUGUUGGAUAAAAAAAAAUCAAAUAAAAUCUUUGUAUACAUAUGGACAUGUAUGUGUUUUGUGUAGUCACGAAGAUGAAUGUGACAGUAAGUGACAUUUGUACAGCACCGGUAGUAUUAGUAUGUGAGUUAUAUAAUGUUUGUGUCUUUUGUAGUUGUCAAAUGACUGUAAAAUAUAACCAUCAAAUCGUUGUGUUUUCAUUAAUAUCGUCGAAUUUUGAAUGAAAAUUCAAAUUUAAAUCAUGAAACUGCCAAGUAAAGAGACAAUUGCACCAUAUCGAGAAGGAUGUUAUACACACAAGAAACCCGAAGAUUGCCACAUGCUGGGGCAAUUUAUAAAAAUGCAAGAAAAUGAUUUGCUGAAAGCGGUAAAAUUAUUCAAAGUCAAUUGCGACGAGUAUGGAUAUGCAAAAUCAUGUCUGGAAUAUGGAAAUGUGGCAUUCACUGGUGUAAAAGAGAAAAAUGUAAAAUCGGAUCCAGUGGAGGCAUUGAAGUAUUUUGAAAAGGGUUGUAGCUUGGGCAGCAGUGAGAAUUGUUUGAACAGCGGAAUGCUGCUUGUGUCACCAGUGUUGGAGAAUACUGCACUUAAGAGAGAUCUUCCAAAGGGCAUGAAUUAUCUGACCAAAAGCUGUGAAAUGGAGAAUGCAAACGCUUGUUUUUACUUAUCCGGUAUGUUUAUGACAGGUUCGAUGUCUGGUGCAGACAGUUUAAAAUCGUUAAGCAAUACAACAACACCCGAAAAACCAGCAAAUGCAUUUGUAGUCGAAAAAGAUAUGAAAAAAGCAUUUGCAUUGUCGACCAAAGCAUGCGAGCUGAAGAAUUUUUAUGCAUGUGCAAAUUUAUCCCGAAUGUAUGCGCUUGGUGACGGCACUGAAAAGGACUUGGAGAAAUCUGAACAAUUUAGGAAGAAAAGCGAAGAGUUGCGUGACGAAUUCCAUCGUCAGAGGAUUUUAGCGCAGUUUAACCAUCCUUAAUAAUCUCUAAGUUUGAAUUGUUACAGUAUAUUGUCUAGUUUGUGUAAAUAAAAACUUUGAAAGAA